AUGAGUUCCCUCAAGCAAUUCAUUCGGAAUGUGCGAGCGUCCAAAACCAUUGCGGAUGAGCGAUCAGUGAUCCAAAAGGAGAGUGCGGCGAUUCGAGCCAGCUUCAGGGAAGAAAGUGCGGAUUCAAAUAUAAGGAGAAAUAAUGUGGCUAAGCUACUCUAUCUUUUCACGUUGGGUGAACGAACGCACUUCGGUCAGAUAGAAUGCCUCAAGCUGCUGGCAUCGCCCCGUUUCGCAGACAAACGGUUGGGGUAUCUGGGAACUAUGCUACUCCUCGAUGAGAACCAGGAGGUGCUGACAUUGGUGACUAAUUCCCUAAAAAAUGAUUUGAACAACUCGAACCAAUAUGUUGUGGGCCUGGCCCUCUGCACCCUGGGAAAUAUCGCCUCUGUCGAAAUGUCGAGGGACUUGUUUCCCGAAGUAGAGUCUCUCAUAUCCACAGCAAACCCCUAUAUCCGCAGAAAAGCCGCCCUUUGUGCUAUGCGUAUAUGUCGGAAAGUCCCCGAUCUCCAGGAACAUUUUAUAGAUAAAUCCAAGGCGCUUCUGUCGGAUCGAAACCAUGGAGUCUUACUUUGUGGCCUCACCCUCGCAACCGAGUUCUGUGAAGAGGACGAUGCAGAAGGUGGGCAUGAAGUUAUUGAAAAAUAUCGCCCUCUGGUACCUGCGCUCGUUAGAGUUUUGAAAGGCCUUACGACCUCUGGGUAUGCACCGGAGCAUGACGUCUCAGGAAUUACCGACCCAUUCCUGCAGGUAAAGAUACUUCGGUUCCUGAGAGUCCUCGGCAGGGGUGAUGCGGCCACAAGCGAAUUAAUCAACGACAUCCUUGCCCAAGUCGCUACCAACACCGAGUCGUCCAAAAAUGUGGGAAAUUCCAUACUCUAUGAGGCUGUCCUGACUAUUCUGGAUAUCGAAGCAGACUCCGGUCUUCGGGUGCUAGGUGUCAACAUUCUUGGCAAAUUUUUAGCUAACAAAGACAACAACAUUCGAUAUGUGGCACUCAACACUCUCAUUAAGGUGGUGGCUGUUGAGCCAAAUGCCGUCCAAAGACACCGGAACACCAUUCUAGAAUGCUUGCGGGAUGCCGAUAUUAGUAUACGCAGACGUGCUCUAGAUCUUAGCUUUACGCUAAUCAACGAAGGCAAUGUCAGAGUUCUUGUCAGAGAGCUCCUGGCUUUCCUUGAGGUUGCUGAUAACGAGUUCAAGCCCGUCAUGACAACUCAGAUAGGAAUAGCUGCGGAUCGAUUUUCCCCCAAUAAAAGAUGGCAUGUUGACACUAUGCUUCGUGUCCUGAAACUUGCGGGUAAUUAUGUCAAGGAGCAGAUUUUGUCCUCGUUCGUCCGCCUGAUUGCCACAACCCCCGAACUCCAAACCUAUUCCGUUCAAAAGCUUUAUGCUAGUUUAAAGGAAGAUAUCUCGCAAGAAGCCUUAACUCUAGCUGCUUCAUGGGUCAUAGGCGAGUAUGGUGAUGCUCUUCUCCGUGGCGGCCAGUACGAGGAGGAAGAGCUAGUCAAGGAAGUCAAGGAAAGCGACAUAGUGGACCUUUUUACCAAUAUACUUAAUAGCACCUAUGCUACCCAAACCGUGACCGAAUAUAUUAUAACAUCUGCAAUGAAGUUGUCCACAAGGCUCACCGAACCUGCGCAGAUCGAGCGUAUUCGACGUCUCCUCAGCAGCAGAUCUGCAGAUUUGAGCGUUGAAAUCCAGCAACGGGCUGUGGAAUACACCAACUUGUUUGGGUACGAUCAAAUAAGGCGUGGCGUGUUAGAGAAGAUGCCCCCACCUGAAAUCCGCGAAGAGCAGAGGGUCUUAGGAGAAGCAACUAGCAAACGACAAAGUAGACUGCUUAGAGACAAGUCUAAAAAGCCUGCCAAACCAUCAGAACAGGAUUUGCUGCUCGACCUUAUGGGUGGCGACGAUACAUCUGCCAAUAUCACUGCCAAUACCAAUGGGUCGCAGAACACAGCUGACCUGUUGGCCGAUAUCUUGGGCGGCGAAUCUAUUCCCGCUGCCUCAUCGAGUCCAUUCCAACCUACGCCCACUAGGUCAUCUGAUAUACACAGCAUCAUGGAUCUUUUUGGUUCGAACGGCACAUCCCCGGCACCUCAAGCACCACAACCUUCCACAUCGCCGAUGGGACUUCUCGGAGAGCUCCAUUCUCCUCCUGUCCAGACACCUUCUCCAAGCUCCGCUUCCCCCGCCCUAACCGUAUUUGAGAAGAAUGAUCUUCUGUUGACUCUGCAAAUUCAGCGGAGUAAUGCUGGUGCCCAGAUAUUGGCUCGAUUCCGUAAUACGUCUACUUUCGAUCGCUUUUCCGGGGUUGGAUUGCAAGUGGCUGUACCCAAAUCUCAAAAACUUCAACUUAAUGCCAUCAACAAGGCUGACCUGGAAGGAGGGCAGGAGGGGACUCAAGGAAUGAGAGUCUCUGCUAUUAAUGGGCCUCUACAAGGGAAACUUCGACUCCGCCUCAGGGUUACUUACUCCAAGAACGGGGCGCCUGCAGUCACCGAACAGUUGGCUUGGUCAGAACCUUGA